AUGGCGGACAGCGCAAGCGAGAGCGACACCGACGGAGCGGGGAGCAGCUCCGCUACUCCGAUGUCGUCCUCCGCUUCAAAUUCGGGGAAACCGAGUAUAGUCAUUUCACAGUUUCGUUUGGAGGAACUGACGAACCGACUCGCCUCUUUACAGCAGGAGAAUAAAGUUCUUAAAAUUGAGCUGGAAACAUUUAAACUCAAGUGCAAAGCCCUGCAGGAGGAGAAUCGGGACCUCCGCAAAGCUAGCGUCACCAUUCAAGCAAGAGCAGAGCAGGAGGAAGAAUUUAUCAGUAACACCUUGUUCAAGAAGAUCCAGGCCCUUCAGAAGGAAAAAGAGACCUUGGCAGUCAACUAUGAGAAGGAGGAAGAAUUCCUCACCAAUGAACUGUCAAGGAAGCUCAUGCAACUCCAGCAUGAGAAGGCUGAGUUAGAGCAGCAUUUGGAACAGGAGCAGGAGUUUCAGGUUAACAAGCUCAUGAAAAAGAUCAAGAAAAUGGAGAAUGAAACCAUCUCUAAGCAGCUAACCCUGGAACAGUUGAGGCGGGAGAAGAUUGACCUUGAGAACACAUUAGAGCAGGAACAAGAAGCUCUGGUCAACCGACUGUGGAAACGAAUGGACAAACUGGAGGCUGAGAAAAGAAUCCUUCAGGAGAAACUGGACCAGCCUGUGUCGGCUCCUCCUUCUCCUAGAGAUGUUUCCAUGGAAAUAGACUCACCAGAGAACAUGAUGCGGCAUAUCCGCUUCCUGAAGAAUGAGGUGGAGAGGCUUAAGAAGAGCUUGCGCACCACUGAACUGCAGCACACAGAAAAACGUGCCCAGUACAUAGAAGAGGAGCGACACAUGAGGGAGGAGAACAUCCGGCUCCAGAGAAAGCUUCAGAGAGAGAUGGAGCGCAGGGAGGCCCUGUGUAGACAACUGUCGGAGAGCGAAUCCAGUCUGGAGAUGGAUGAUGAGAGGUACUUCAACGAGAUGUCUGCACAGGGUUUGCGAGCAAGGACUGUGUCCAGCCCCAUCCCGUACACUCCCUCUCCCAGCUCCAGCCGACCCAUAUCACCAGGUCUCUCAUAUGGCACCCACACAGUUGGCUUUACUCCUCCAGCUACACUGUCCAGAGCUGCCAUUUCCCACUACAACACCCCUGCCCUGCACGUCCACGGAAGCUCCUCUCAUGCCGUAGCACGGCCCUCCCCAAGAAGAAGCACCAGUCCUGACAAAUUCAAACGUCCAACACCCCCACCCUCCCCCAACACGCACUCAGGGGCCCAACAGGCUCAGCCUCCGCUACCCCCACCAGCUCAACCCAUGGUCCAAUCCAUGUCCUCCCCGGCAGCCAUGUCACAGCACGCAUCAGCAGCGCAGCAGCAGCAGCAGCCUCCCUCCCAGCCUUAAAGCCACACACAGUCUCUGUCUUUGCGCGUGAGUGCGCCCACUGAAUGCCACGAUGCUACUGCAGCAGCUUCCAUCAUUACCAGCUCUGGAAGACAAGUUUCUUACUCUUUACCAACUCAACAAAAGACGCAGCUUCAAAAGUUCUGGAGGGAAAAGAAACAAGAUGGCUACUCACCAUCAGUGAGGCUGUCCGCCUGCCAAAUCCUCAUGUGGCGUUACUUAACUACUCUUAAAAGGAAUGGAUAAUUGAAAAAUAAUCGCUUUUGGGAUUUGUAGGAUAAUUAUCUGUUCCACCUGUUGUCUUGUACAUGUUGUUUUUUUUUUGUUUUUUUUUUGUUUUGUUUUGUUUUUCUUUGCUUGGGACUUUAGCUGGUUGGAAUUGUUGUUGUGGCGCUUCUAAGAUAGCACAAACAGCACAUACAGUACGUUUCAUGGUUAUGUUUUACAAUAGGUUGGAUGUUUGGAUCGAUGGAUGGAUGUAUGGCUAGAGAAAUGGAUGGAUAAAUAGAUGGAUGUGGUCAAUUCUUUUCAUGCCUAUAAUAUGACACUUGAUUGCAGUAAUGUCCUCCACUCCAGCUCACCCUUUGUCAUUAAAGCAGUGUAAAACAGUUCACCCCAACCCCAAGGUUAAUGUGGCUUUGAUUAGGUCGACAAAAUGGUGUCAUAGAAGAGUGCUUGGAGUUUCUCCAUUAUAUAGGGCAUUGAUCAAACGGUGCUUGCAGCACAGUUAUUUUAGUUUCUGAAAGCAUUCAAAGAUCUGCUGCUCUUAUGUUAAAAUGAAAAGGAAAAAAAAAAAAAAAAAAGCAUCAAGGAUGGACACUGGUACAUAAACCACAGAUAAAUGUUGCCUUUCGAGGUGUUUGAAAAUAUAGUCUGAGGUGUUACAACUUAGUCAUGUACUCAGUCUCUUCUCUGAUCUUCUCUCUGGUGUAUUUCUGAAAGCUUCUGUCAUCCUUAUGGAUAUACCCA